AUGGCUAGCUGUGGUGAUUACACACUCCAGAAUAGAGUACUCAAGGAGAUGCACAGGGAACGCAUGGCUCGUAUAGAAUGUCACUCGAAGAAGGCAUUUGUUGAGUAUGGUGAUGGAGACGGUCUGUGGUUGAAGGAACUGAAGGGGAAAGCACUGGGAACGCAACGAUGGGCUAGUGGCGACAGAUUUGCAGCAAUGGUGGCGAGUAGUGGUGGGAGAAGGUACCAGGAGCUGAAGAGCUUCCUUGAGAACUGUGUUAACGGUGUCGAGCUCGGGUGUGGGGUCGGGACUGCUGGUCUUAUGCUUGCCAAAGUUCAUCCAAGAAUGAGGAUGACACUGACAAAUCAACCGCAGUGCAUUUCCUUAGCAGAGGAGAAUGUCAGCUUCAACAACCUUGGUGAUCGAGUGACAGUAUCGGCGUAUAGUUGGGGAGAUUCGGUCGAGUCAUUCGCUGCUGACCCUCCAGACUUUGUUGUCGCCACUGAUGUUCUUUAUCAUGCAAGUGUCUUCGAUAAGUUUCUGAGCUCUUUGGAAGGCUUUGCAGGGCUCCGACGUGAGAGGAGCAUUCGAGUGUCACAGGAUGACGAUGAUCGCCAUAGUGUGAAGGCAAUCUCGGAAUUGGUCUGUGAAUUGAAUAAGUGA